AUGGCUGCGCCACACGAUUGGUCCAGUCAUACAUGGACCGAGCAAACUUUGAUGCGCAUGAUUGGCAGCAGCCAACAACAAGUCGAGAUUCGUACCAACGAGCGCAUGCCACAAUCGUUCAUGGUCCCUCGAUCGCUGUUGCUUCACUACUGUCCGCAACUCCAGCCUUCUACUCUGCCAGGACAGCCAUUUGUGCUGGAGACUAACCGACCAGUCUUGACGCUACUUUUCAGCUGGCUCUACACUGGAAAGAUCGACUCUUCCGAUUGGCAUACCCUGACGGAGUUGUAUUUCUUGGGAAAUGCUGCUGGCUCCAUUGCAUUGAAGCGCUGUGCCAUCACGCAACUCCAAAAAGCUUGUAGAAAUGAUCACAACAACCGCACUGAUUUGUUCCAUUAUGAACACAUUUCUGUGAUCGAGGAGAUGGUCGGUGCAUCUUCUCCGCUAUCUCGAUAUGUUGAAGACACGUACUUCAACCACUGGAGUCCCGAGGCUGAUGACGAUGACGGUGUCAAAGAUGAUCCAUCGAACUAUCCAAAAUCGAGUUUGUUUUUCAAGAGAUUGUUCCAGCGCUCGUUCAAGGAGCAAAAAGAAGGCGAGAACUGCACAUGUUGUCAUGCAUAUUGCAAGUACCACGACCACGAGAGUGAUGCAGAACGCCUAGCAACAUGUGGAAUCUCAUCGUCUCCAGUGAACCUCUCAGCCGAUACUCCUACAGCCGCCACCGAGCCGGAAGCUGUGGCGCAUAAAUCUCGUAAGAGCAAAGCUGCUGUGCGCACAUCACUCGACAACGUGCUUGCGUCAAAAAUUGGCGACCUCUCUUCGCAUGAGACCCGCGCUAGCACAUCUCGUUCAGGAACACCAAAGGGGAAGGCGGCUGCUGGUGACACAUGGCUCACAGUUCAGAGCCGUGCUCCUCUACACUAUCCUCCUGAAUAUCAUGGCUUGUUGACGUCUCUGCCUCAAGUCCAGACAAUCAAGCCCUCUAACUGGUUGGAGAUUGGUGUUGAGGCUGAGGGACUUGACCAGCUUCCGGAACCAGACAGAAUCAUCGCCGCUGCCAUGAGCUGGAAUGCUGAGGACUAUGCACAAACGAAGUGCACAUUCUUCAACCAGUACGAUGCAGCCAUCACAAAUCGAAACCAUUGGCUCAACACUCUCAGGUUCGGGGGCAGUAAGUCAAAGGAGAGGGCUGAACGACUUCUAGCCAUGUGGGAGAUCUUGGGAUGGCUGAAGAGCUCUGAGGUGAUCACCAACGCCAGGAUGCAGAAUCCAACUUCUUCAAUGGCUUCCGCUUCUGAGCCUCGCAGUAUGCCCGAUCUGACAACAAUUCGUCCGCGACUCUCGUUUCCUGGCAAAUGGUCCGAAGAAGAAAAGGAUGCUGUAGUCGCAAUCAUGAGGAACAUCAACGCGGACGAAACAUGCGCCGCAUUGAGCAAUCUCCAGCGUGCCGAAAUAUGCAGCAAGCGACUCGAGUCCGAAUAUGGUUACCGCCGUACCGAGAGAGCCGUUGAGUAUCAGUGGUCCAGGAUACAACAAGAGCCUGCUGGUGCAACCACAGUCGAAGCUCAGGAUCAGACCAUUCCUGAUGAUAAUGAAAACCUGUUCGAAGAAACAUGUAAGAAGCCGGGCUCAUGGCCUUCUCAGGAACAAAAAGCGCUGCUUGAGAUCAUGAAUGAACUCGAGAAGGCCAACAAGGAUUCGACCCUCAAACAGCGUGCUGAGAUGUGCAUGUCGCUCCUCAAAUCCCGCUUUGGGACUGAACGGACACUGCCAGCCAUUACUGCUCGAUACCACCGACUGCGAGGUAGAAAAGAGGCUGUCCAGUCUGACGACAGCACCAAUACCGCCGCUGAUAAGUCUGCGAUCGAUACCGCCAAUGAUGUGAGUAGUAUCGCGAACAAGUCUCAUUGGUCGGAUCAUGAGGAUAGAGCCAUGCUCAAAGUCUUCAAAGAGAUCGAAGAAGACUCGAGUUUGUUGAUCCUGGCUGAACGCGAGAAGGCCAAGGUAUGCAGUGCUCGACUCCUUUCAAAGCAUAACAUCACGAGAACCCCCGACAGCAUCAGAAAACGCUGUGAAAGGCUCAGCUCAGCUAGCACCUUGAAGAGAAAAGGAGGAGACGAUGACUUGAUUCCGAUGCCGGACCAGAAGAAGCGUAGACAGGCAGAGUCUCGAUUUGUCACUGAGCUGUUUGAUGCUGGAGAGGAAUGA